AAUAAACUCGGUUCACGGUCAAUGCCACCGACUCAUACGAGGGUGUGGUCAAAGUUGACAAAAUUACUAAAACACAAUAUGAUUUUUUUUUUUCCAUCGCGCAUCCAUAUAUAAGCCAGAUUUCGGGGCAGGUAGAGCACAGUUAUCUCCAGUCCUCUCUCGUUCUCGCUACAACAAGUUUGGAAAGAUGAAAUUCUUGGUCUUCGCAUUGUUGGUUGCUUUCGCUGCUGCCGGACAAAAGCGUUCUGCUGAUCCUAUUAUUGGACUUGGAGGUCUGGGGGGACUUGGAGGAGGCCUUGGAGGCCUUGGAGGAGGCCUGGGAUACGGAGCCGGUCUUGGAGGCGGUCUGGGACAUGGAAUAGGUCUGGGAGGACUUGGAGGAGGACUUGGAGGAGGUCUUGGAGGCCUCGGCUUAGGAGGAGGACUUGGUGGGCUUGGCGGUUACGGCCUAGGCUUUGGUCGUUAAUGAAUACUCCCAUUAUUGCAAGAUUUAUCCACGAAUAUCAGCAGAGAUUAUCAUGUGACUGAAAUGUUUAUUCAGAACUUUUUCUUAAUUGAGGUGAAAUAUAUAGUUAUAAAAAUUGAAUUUAUUUUUGUAUUGGUAUAAAGAGAAGCUUCAAAUUGUGCUGCUUGUAAUAUCUAAUUAUUCUGUCUCUCCUUUUUGUAUAAUGAACCUUCAAUGACUAUUUUUCUAAAAU